AUGGAGGGAGGGGUCAAGGAGGCCAGUUGGAGAGGGGACCGCUACAUCGUUGCCGACUGUGGCGGAGGGACGGUCGAUCUGACCGUGCACCAGAUUGAGCAGCCGCAGGGGUCCCUCAAGGAGCUCUACAAAGCGUCAGGAGGUCCCUUACGGGGCCGUGGGGGUGGACUUGGCCUUCGAGAAACUUCUCUGCAGAUCUUUGGCGAGGACUUCAUCGCCACCUUCAAGGCCAAGCGCCCGGCGGCCUGGGUCGACCUGACCAUCGCGUUCGAGGCCCGCAAGCGGACGGCUGCCGCCGCACCGCGCCAACUCCUCAACAUCUCCCUGCCCUUCUCCUUCAUCGACUUUUACCGGAAGCACCGGGGACAGAACGUGGAGACGGCUCUGAAGCGCAGCAGCGUGAACCUGGUGAAGUGGUCCCCUGCAAGGCGAAUGCUGCGAUGUCCUCUGAAAGCCAUGAACGAGCUCUUCCAGCCAACCAUCAGGCCAGAUUAUCAACACACAUCGGUGAGUGACCUCAUGAAGAAGCCGGAAGUCAAAGGUAUCAAGUUCCUCUUCCUGGUGGGAGGUUUUGCCGAGUCCUCGAUGCUGCAGCACGCGGUCCAGUCGGCCUUCAGCGCCGUCUGCCGGGUCAUCAUCCCGCAGGACGUGGGCCUGACCAUCCUGAAAGGUGCGGUGCUCUUCGGCCUGGACCCCACCAUUGUCCGCGUGAGGCGCUCCCCUCUGACCUACGGCGUGGGCGUGCUCAACAAGUUCGUGGAGGGCAAGCACCCCAGGGAGAAGCUGCUGGUCAAGGAAGGGAAGAACUGGUGCACCGACAUCUUUGAGAAGUUUGUCUCCGUGGACCAGUCCGUGGCGCUGGGCGAGGUGGUGCAGAGGAGCUACUGCCCCGCGCGGGUCGGGCAGCGGAAGAUCAUCAUCAACAUCUACUGCUGUGGCACCGACGACGUGGUCUACAUCACCGACCCCGGGGUCAGGAAAUGCGGUACCAUCAGCCUGGACCUGGAUGAGUUGGAGGAGCCCAGCUCUCCGAAGAAGAGCAGGAGGGAGAUCCGAGCCAGCAUGCAGUUUGGAGACACUGAGAUCAAGGUGGCAGCCAUGGACGUCCAGACGUCAAAGACCGUGAGAGCUUCUAUCGAUUUCCUUUCCAACUGAUGCCCUGGACAUUUGAGGCCUUGGAGGAGGUAGAAGAAGGGGUUUGGCUAAGGUCCUUCUCCUCCUCUCCUCUGUGGAUUUUUCUGGUUGAGUCAGGUCAGACUUGGGAAGAAAUCCAGCACAGGUCCAGAAACACAUCCUCUUCGCUUCAACUCGCCAAAGAAAGGAAAGCUGGAAAACCAGGUGGACCCUUUCAUCUUUCCCAUCAUUAGUCUUGGUCUUUGGUGGUGGCAACUGGAUCACAGUCAUGUAUUAUCUUCUCAGGACUCCAGAAGAGAGCAGAGGGGUGGGCAGCUUUGCAGGCCAGCAGUAAAAAACGCCAAAGAGAGAAAUUCUGCUGCGGUUGGCCCCAUAACCUUCCCUUCCAUUUCCCUUCAGGUUUUGGAGAGACAAUUUUGCGUGCAAUGAUGGUCCUUGCAGAUGGGAUGGUCCAGGAUGCAGCAGCAGCAGCCCUUCAUUCAAGACCAUAAUUUAACUAACGGGGAGUUGGAAAUUUCACCUAGCAUCAUCAUCAUGGGAAGAUGAAAUACGAUAUCCACAUUCCAUUCAAUGCAACUCCCCCACUCCUAGGAAUUGCCAUAUUUCAAAAAGUAAAAACUAGGACAUUCCGGAAAACCCCAAAGUUGUUAAGCUGUUUCUUUUUCUUCUUUUUUACAAAAACACCAAAAAGUACCGCAAUUUUUCAACUCUCUUGCCUAAGAUCCAGGACAAAGCAAUGCCUUCCGGAAACAUGAAGUGUUUACAUAAUAAUAUCCUUAAAUAUUGUUGGGUUCACACACACACACACACACACACACACACAAAUGAAGCAUCUCAAUGCACAAGGUGUUGGAUAAUUAACAAAACUGCACAA